UCUUUUUUGUGACUGCAACGAGUAAGUCGUUGCUUGAUUUUUGUGAGAAAUAAAGAAAAUAUUUGCGAAGGAAAAAAUGACUGAACUAAUUAAAGUAGCAGAUGCUAUUGUCAAUGAGUACCUUAAAACUAAGGACAGAAACCUAGCAAAAGUGUUUGAGCAGAAAGUAAAAGCGCAAGCUGUGCCCAAGAGUACACCCAGGCUGAUAGAUAUCUUAGCUUUCUACCAAAGCAAAACACGAAAGAUUCCACUUGCACCAAACCGAAACUCGGACAGUGACAGUGACAGCGAUGUGAAAAAGCAAAAUGUGAAGCCGAUAGUGAAUAUCCCCACAAAUGGGAAAAACGAUGAUUCUUCGUCGAGUGAAGAUGAUUCGGAAGAUGAGGAGCCGAAUGCAGAAGCUGUAAAGCCAGCAGUAAAGGCAUCUCCAGCGAAGAAGGCAGCUGAAUCCUCCAGCGACGACAGCUCCGAUGAAGAGCCAGCAAAGCAACCAGCUAAGCAGCCAGCUGCGGCGGCUGUUGCGGCGAAGCCUUCAUAUACUAGCAGUGAUGAUGAAGAAGAGAAGCCAACUACGGCUGUCGGCGCUGGAAAAGGAAAAACCACUCCUACCGCCAAAAAAGCUGCGUCUUCAAGCAGCGAUGACUCGUCCGAUGAGGAGCCAGCUAAGACCGCAAAGCCAGCCGCAAAGCCAUCCCCAAAGCCAGCCGCAGCUUCCAAAAAGGCAGCCGAAUCUAGCAGCGAUGAUAGCUCAAGUGAGGAAGAACCUCCGAAAAAGGCACAAGCAGCAGCUAAGCCGGCAGCUAAAAAGGCUGAUUCCAGUAGCGAUGACAGCAGCGAUUCAGAGGAGGAGCAAAAGAAAGAAGCUGCCAAGCCAGCGGCAAAGGCAACCCCUGCCAAGAAGGCCGACAGCAGCGACGAUUCCUCUGAUGAGGAGGCACCGGCCAAAAAAGCACCACCCACUAAGGCAGCGCCGGCCCAAAAAGCUGCAGCUUCCUCUAGUUCUGAUUCCUCAUCUGAAGAUGAAAAACCGGCCCAGAAAUCAGCGGUGAAACCAGCAGUUACACCUGCUAAGAAGCCAGCAGCCAAGUCUGAAUCUGAGGACUCGUCCGAGGACAGCAGCUCCGAGGAUGAAAGCGCUGCAGUCAAACCAGCUGUCAAAAAGGUCGCUGCACCAGCCAAGAAGGAAGAAUCCUCAUCUGAGGAAGAUUCCGAUGAAGAGGAGGAGGCCAAACCUGCAGCCAAGCCUGCAGCCAAGCCAGCGGCUAAAAAGGAUGACAGCUCUGACAGCUCCUCGUCCGAUGAAGAUGAGCCGCCAGCAAAGAAGAAACCUGUGCCGGCCAAAAAGGAGAGCAGCGAUAGCGACAGCGACAGCAGCGAAGAGUCUGGCGAAGUGAAGCCCAAGAAACAAGAACAAGCUGUGACCAAUGGGGCCGCUGGCAAGAAACGCAAGUUCAGCGGCGGCGAUGCAGACGAGGCAACACCUAACAAGAAAUACAACAAUUUCGUCAAGUCAGGUGAACAGCAGCGGCAGCAGCAGCAGCAGCAGCAGCAGAAGUAUAAUGGCUUCACCUCCACGCCCAACAAUACAAAUAACAACAAGAACAAUCCGUUUAACAACAGCAGCGGGGGCAAACGUCGCUCAUCGCCUUUCCGGCGUGUCCGCACCGAAGAGGUGAUCAUAGAUUCGCGCGUGCAGGACAUGUCCUUUGAGGCGAAGAAUGACGGUGGCUUCAAGAAGUUCAAUAGUGGACAACGUGGACGUGGCGGCUCUGGUUUUGCCGGCCGUCCGGAUCGUAGCAAGUGGGAGAGCAACAAUCAAAAUGGAGACGAAGACGGAGAAGGCGGUGGUCAUCGUAAGAGCUUUGGAGGCUUUGAGCGCAAGUCCUUUGAUGGACAGCGCGGUGGUAACCGUGGCGGUGGCUUCAAUCGCAGCGGUGGAGGCGAUCGCGGUGGUCGUGGCGGCUUCAAACGUGGCGGCGGCGGCGGCGAUCGUGGCGGACGCGGUGGCUUCGGCCGCGGCGGCGGUGGUGGCGGCGGUUUCAACCGUGGCGGCGGCGGCGAUCGUGGUGGACGCGGUGGAUUCGGUCGUGGUGGUGGGGGACGUGGCGGCGGUGGCGGGUUUGGCAACAAGUCCUUCGAUUCGGGGACAAAACAAAAUAAGAAAAUAACCUUCGAUAAUUAACAUAGUAAUGUAGUUUAGUCAUUUAUGCCACCGACCGACACGAGGGGAUCAAGCCCCAAAUGAAAUAACUUUAUAUAGAUGGACCGAACAAGUGUGGAAAAUUUUUCCACAAUUCCGGGACAAUUCAAUAAAAAUCAGAGUAUUUCUUUUUAAUGAAAUAGACACACACAUACAUGCAAAUACACACAUACAGACAA